AUGACUGCAACAAACUCUGUCAGCCCAGACGCCAUCAGGGCCUUGUUCGCGUCUGCUCUCUCGAGCAUGUACCGACGUGAGGUCCCGCAAUAUGGCACUCUCCUCAAGUUGGUGUCUGAUAUCAACCACAAGAAAGAUCAGGAAAUCGAACCCCGCAUCGAAGUUGAAAGACACGGUGCCAUUAGGCUAGGAACACCAGAAGAACUAUCAAUGAUGCGACGCUUAUUCUCUGUUAUGGGAAUGCAACCUGUCGGAUACUACGAUCUCACCGUUGCCAGCCUUCCAGUUCAUGCCACAUGUUUCCGACCCCUCACACAAGAAGCACUCGCUUAUAACCCCUUCCGAGUUUUCACAUCAUUGCUGAGAUUAGAACUCAUUGAGGAUAAGGAGCUUAGAUCAAAAGCUGCCGAUAUCUUGAGCAAGCGCUGCAUCUUCACACCUCGAUGCGUGGAGCUUAUCGAGCUAUUCGAGUUGCAAGGACCAUUUUCGGAGGCAACAGCAGAAGAAUUCAUCAGAGAGGCUCUCGAAACAUUUCGGUGGCACAAGACGUCAACCGUGGAUCUGAAAACAUACAAAGCCCUUCGAAAAGCGCAUCCUCUUAUCGCAGAUGUUGUAUGUUUCAAAGGCCCCCACAUCAACCACCUCACGCCUCGCGUCUUGGACAUCGAAACAGCGCAAGUAAAGAUGCUACGAUGUGGCCUACAAGCAAAAGACGCCAUUGAAGGACCACCUCCACGAUUAUGUCCCAUAUUACUUCGCCAGACAAGCUUUUUGGCUAUUGACGAAGCUAUCGCGUUCUCGGAGGGCGAAGAGGCGGGAGGAAGCCACAAGGCCCGCUUUGGAGAGAUUGAGCAGAGAGGGAUGGCCCUAACACCUAAAGGACGACAGCUAUAUGAUGAUCUCAUCAACGAAUGGCGAGAGGGUUUGAGCAACCUCACCGAAGCCGAGUCAAAAGAGAAGCAUUUGGCAAAGAUAUUUGAAAGAUUCCCUGACAAUAUGGAAACUCUUCGAAAGGAAAAACUGGCUUACUUUUCCUAUAAGCCUGUUAAAAAAGCGAGUAAAAUUCGGGAAGCUGACAUUGACGCCCUUGUCAGUUCCGGUGCUGUCUUGGUCGAGCCCAUUACAUACGAAGACUUUCUGCCCAUCAGUGCCGCGGGCAUCUUCCACUCUAAUCUUGGCAGCGAUGGCGGCAUGAACCACACAGUAGGCGCUGACAAAGAUUCGUUUGAGAAGAGUCUCGGAUGUACCGUCAAGAAGGAGUUUGAUUUGUAUAGUGAGAUGCAGGAGGCUUCGAUUAGAGAGUGCUUUGUCACUUCAUGUUAG